GCAUUUUCCAACAUUCUUCACCUUACAGUGUCAAUAUCUCAAGAUCAUCAGCGAAUUCUCAGAACCGGAAUCAAAAAUCUACAACACACAUAAUGGGAGACUCUAGGCGAAAUAGACGACCCGAUAGUCGUCAAAUGUGGGACGAAUCCGACAGACGCGAUAGGCGUGGAGGACACAAUAGGGACAACGACCGCGAUCGCAGAGGCUACAGGUCAAGAUCACGCGAGCGCCGUGGAUACAGAGAUCGAUCGAGAUCGCCGGACAGGAGACAUCGAGACCGAGAUGGUGAUAGGAACCGACCUAGGGAUAGAGGCCCGCGCCAUCAUGAUGAUCGAGAUAGGAGGGAUAGACGGAGAGAGGAUGCAGAGGGUGCGCCACCACGACUGAGAGGAGAUGAGCGUCGUGACGAUGAUAGAGACAAACGAAGCAAAUCUCGUCGCUCAGCCUCACCACAAUCACGAAGUCCUACUCACGAAGCACUUCCUACGCGCCCUCGCCCCGACGCAAAGCGCCCGGCACCAAAUAUGUCCUUCAACGUCGGCUCUCGUGCAAGCCGCUCACCACCACCGCCAUCACGCGCGCAGCGUGAAGAGGAAAGCAACCGCUCAGAAGAGGGCCAGGCUUCAGAGGUUGAAGAAGAUCCUAUGGACGCAGAGGACGACGAUAUGGCCGCUAUGCAGGCUAUGAUGGGCUUCGGCGGAUUUGGAACGACCAAGAACAAGAAGGUUUCAGGCAACAAUGCUGGUGGUGUGCACAAAGAGAAGAAGACGGAGUAUCGUCAGUACAUGAACAGGAACGGUGGAUUCAAUCGGCCUUUGAGUCCAUCACGCUGAGCAUGCUGGCUAGACGGCGUUAAUGCAGUACGAGUUGUGAUCUCCGUGAGGACAAUUGGCACUUUUAAGGUUGUGCCGUAAAGGUAAACUGGAUUGGCGUAUGGGUUUUCCUGCUAAACGAGCACAGAGGUAUAAUAAUUGUAUGGAACAUCAAAGUUUACAGUUAUUUUGCAUGUGUAAUGCAUUCUCAGCCCUACUUUCUCGUUCUUCUAUC